AUGGAGCAGCCAGAGGGGCUUUCCCAAAGUGCCCUCAAGAAUCCCGGAGCCAAACUGGGGCCCACAGAUCCUGAGGAAUCCACACUUAGGAAAACACAGAGGCCAACUAAAGACAGCCAGUGCCAGCCAGAUAAUGAGAGUGAAAGUCCUGCAGGGAUAUCAAGGCAGCCUUCAAGUAAAGGAUCGAGGCAUCGCUCCAAACCCGGAGGAGAAGGAGCUGUGGACACGAGGAGUGGGAUUGCCCAGGAUGGUGGAGCUGAACUGCAGGAGAGAACUGACCCAGCAGCUGCAGGAAAACACAAAGGGAGAGAAGUGGAGAACGUGGCUCCCGAAAAGCCCGAGGGUGGGGAAGUGCCUCCCGAUGUGCCCCCUCAGCCCAGCCAAAGGCGGAUCCCGCGCCCCGGCAGUGCCAGGCCGGCCCCUCCCCGAGUGAGACGGCAGGAGAGUGCAGAGCCCCUGCUCCCAGAAAGGAGCGGCAGCGCCAAAACUGCCCCGACCGUGAUCCUGGACCAACAGGGUCCUGAGGAGGAGGAGGACGAGCAGUUUGUGGUGGAGGCAGCAGGGCCUCUGCCACACAUGAGAAAGGAGCCUGAAGUUGAGCUGGUUGAGGAUCAGAAGCAUGGUGGGCUGGUAAAAAGAAUCCUGGAAACCAAGAAGGAUUAUGAGGCAUCACAGAAAUCAUCCCAGACAACAGAGAGGGAGAAGCCAAUUGUUUCGGAAGGAUCCAGGAAGAGAGAGAGGGACUUGGUAGCCAAAGAAAUCGGGAAGUCUCAGGCCUCCAUCCAGACUCUGUGCCAGAACGCCUUAGCCCUUGGCAGGAUCGUGGAUUACAUCCAGGAGGACAUGGAUGCCAUGAAGAACGAGCUGGAGAUGUGGAAGCAGGAGAACAGGCAGCACGAGGAAGCCCUGAGGAGAGAGCAGAGCGUCACAGACAGUGCUCUGGAACCAUUAAAAGCUGAGCUGGCUGAGCUGGACCAGUUGAUUAAAGACCAGCAGGACAAGAUUCGUGCUGUCAAAGCCAAUAUUUUAAGGAAUGAUGAAAAAAUCCAGAGGAUGGUUCUCAGCAUAAACCAGGCUUCAAGGAAGUGAAGAAGAGGGAAAAGAGAAGACUAAAAAAAAAAAGCCUUGGGACUCACUGACAUUCCUACCAAAAAAACCCACCAAAUCCCAAUUAGCAGAUAUGCCUUGUUCAGAUUUAAAAUGUUUAGGGACUGGAACCCUAAAAUUGUGUUAAAAAUGUUAUUACAUUGAUUUUUAGAUGUUAUUCUGCAGGUUAAAAUGAUAUUCACUUGAAUGUUCAAGUUGCAGUUAUUAAAAUAACUUGUUUGUUUAA